AUGCGCCGCCGCCGCCGCGGUACCCCAAGCAAGCAAUCAGCAGUGAACAAACCCACCGCAUCUGUCGCCGUGAAUGAAGACACUGAUGACCGUGGUCACUCGGUUCGCGGUAAGCUUGGAUUCUUCAGGCUCGUCGGCUCCACUGUGCGCCGCUCACUCGGCUUUGCGCUGAACAGGGCAGCAAAUGCCAAGGGCGCAGAUGUAAUCAGCCCGACAGCAAGCCAUCCCAACACGCCAAGGUCAGCGGCGAGCGAUACCGAUGAGUCUGGAUAUUCACUCACUGACGAUGAUACCCUCGGGGAGCUUGUAUCACUGGCCGCUAUUCGCCGGGCACGCGCGGAUGCACUCGCCGCAGAGCUGAAAGCCGACACCAGCAAUGCAACGCCCGUCGAAGUUGUCGCCGCUGCCGCUGCAAACGAGAUCUCUGAGAAUAAUGUCGGACCCACCAGCAUCGAUAAUGGAUGCAACGCUAGCCCGGGUCGACGCGCCGAGGCUGGGCGGCAGCUCGAGGCUGAGCAGAACUUACUGCGGAUGGGCGUCACCACGCAUGCGAGGAGGGGUGAAUCUCCUGAGGCUGUCAUUGAGCGCCUGCAGCUGCAGCUGAGAGAACUUCAGGAGGACAAGGUCGUCUACGACAUCAUGGACGCGGCAAAGGAAACACUCAUCGAAGGUUUGGAGUGCGAGUUGUCUCGACUGAGGAGCGAGCAGGAGCGCAUGAACUCUGCGCAAGCUGCAGCGGAUGCGCUCCAGCGAAAGCUUGAGCUCUUGGAGACUGACCUUGGCGUGUUCUGGAAAGAAGGCGAGUCCCCGAAGCCUUCACGAGAAGGAAGCGGGUGCAGUGAAACGUCGAUUGAUGAUGACCCGAUCGUCGACACAGAGGCGCACAUUCGAGUGAACAACGCGUACGAUCUAACAGACCUGAGGGAUUCUGUCCUCGGCAGCCCGCUGAAGAGCCUGGCGAAAAUUGUAACCGCAGGAGCUAAGAUUGUCAAGGUUGUGGAUGCCGCCCUGAAGGAGGAGGACGAGGACAACUUGCCGCCGAGCGCAUCACCGCUCUCUGAGCUCAGCCUGGUGAAGGUCAGUCAGCACCGACACACGCGAUCAAGGAGUCGUGGAUCGAUUGGGCCCAACUGCGGCGGGAAGGAAAACUUUGGAGGUGAUGGAUUUGUGAAUCCCUUCUCGGAGGCGGCACUGGCAGAGUACGAGGCUGAGAAUGAGAUGUGCAGCUGGGCGUCGGAUCAGACGAGUAGGGUUCUCGAAGACGAUAGGACGAAGAGCAAAGAGAAUGCGCUUUCUGCCAUGGGUGAGCUGCCAGAGGAACCGAAGACCCUGAUCGAGGAUCCUCUGAGCGUUGACACCGUCAUCGUGCACUACGAUCGAGAGCUGGAGCAGCGGGAGAUGGACGAGACGUUCCGUCGCCACCGUCGCGCCAUGUCAGAUUUAUCCGGAACGACAUCGCCUCGAGUGGACGAUUUCCCACCCGACGCGAGAGCCGCGGAGAAGGCGGCGGUGAAGUGGGAGAAGACGACGCUCAAGCACCAGAUUGCCGGCCUUCGCGAGCGUUUCAGGGAGGCUCUCGCAGAGGCAAACGCGACGCGCGACGCGCUGGACGGCUACAAGGACACCGUCCAACGGGUCGAGUUUCAGAAGCGAUUGCUGUGCGCGCAGGUCUUGGAGCUCGAAGCCUCGCUCGCGGAGAAGGAGGAGGAGAGCGCGAGGGUGGCGGAACGCGCGAGAGAGCGAGAGCGGGAGUUACUCGAGCGCGCAAAGGCUGGAGCCAGGUUGUCGCGUCAACCGGACAGCUGGGCGGGGUUGCCGACGGCGUCCUUCUUCCUGCCAAAGAUUGUUCGACUGUGGCACCAGCUCCGGGUACCCCUUCGGCACCGCUCACAGUUCCUCCUCGCGUUCAGGGGGCGCGAGACCUUCUACUUCGAGGCUGAAUACCGGCGACUAGCGUGGCUCAAGGAGAGCCUCGUGACGGCAGCGGGAUGGAGGGUGCCCGACGACGACGACGGGCGCCGCUCUGUCGGAACCGAAGAGAUCGCCGCGCUGCCGCCCUCGCUGAGGGAGGCUGAGCGAAAGCUCGCUCGCGAGCGUCGAUACCUUCGAGGGAUGGCUCGACGCCUCGAGCGGCCCCAGUUGGAGGCCAUAUUCACCCAGUGGGGAAUACCUCUCCGAUCGAAGCGGCGCAAGCUUCGGCUCGUGAACCUGCUGUGGAGUGACACCGACGAGAAGGGGCGCGGGUGGUUGACGAACGGGUCGCGGUCGACGGAUAGGUCGCGGUCGAUCGACGAGACCGACUGCUUCGUCCGACUGCGCAAACACGCCGAGCUCGUGCUGCAGCUGCGCGGGGUUGAGGCGACGGAGGACAUGUUCGGCUUGGUGUUCAAGGCUGGGACGACGUCUGGUUCGGCGUCGAGGGACGCGGGGCGGUGGCGCGCGGCUCGGAGCCUGCAAAGUUUGUGGACCGCCGCGGGGGGUGGGCGCCGGCGACUCGAGACUAUCGGGAUUUAAUUCUGCUAAGGUUAGUAGCUACAUAUGA